CAUUUCCUUCAGGGAUAGGAGGUGCUACCAUUGUGUGAACAAACAGUAUACAUGUACGUAUCCUUCCCUGCAAACAUUUGUGAAGCCACGCUUUAUGGGAAAGAGACAGCUGCACACAGUGUGGGACUGGAGUAUCACUUUUCAGUGUUUUGUGCCUUGCCAUAUAAAUGCCAACUGGAUGAUUAAAAUUAACAAGUUCCAGGAUGGCUCAGUCUACAUGCAAGACAGCGUUUCUUUCUCUCCUAUUAGUCCUGCUGGUUGUGAGCUGCAAGUCUGCAAGCCAACACGUUUCUCUCCAAAGGGAAAAUGAAAAUUCUGCCUUCAUAGUGCUGCAAGGCAACACAUUUGAGCUAAGUUACGAGAUAAGUUUUGGAAACUUGGCACAGAAACUUAGCUUCCAUUGCUCUAAUGGGAAAGAUAUUGACAUCUCCCUCCCCAACAUGAUGACAGAAAGUUCAAAAACUUCCACAGGCAAUUAUUCCGGAAGCCACCCUUAUAAUGGCAAAGAGCAAAAAAAGACACUGAAACUUGUGGUUAAUAAUGCGCAACAGGGUGACAGUGGAUUAUACAAAUGCCAAGUACAUGCUUCAUUUCAAAAUGAAAGCACCCGGACAACUUCUGAUAGCGUAACACUAACAGUAACAGAGGAGCCUGCUUGUUUGGUCAUUCCCAUGAUAUCCGAGAUGAAGGGUGACUCAAAGAUUUUUAGAUGUAUUACAGCCGAAAACGAUCCUAUACUCUACUUCAAGUUGGAGAGUCCUAAUAAGCACGUGCAGCAAAUCCAAAAGUUUCCAAGCCAACCUGGGAAAAUAACAUUGCUCAAUGUUACUGAGACCUUAAACGACAUAGUCUUGAACUGCACCACUACUGAGAGUUCUUGUUCCAAUGAUCCCAUCAUCCUCGAGAAUACCAAACCUCAAACUGCACCAACAACCACAGAAUUGGAACUAUCUACUAAAACACCUCCAUCUAGUUCUCUAGGAUCACCUGACAUACACAUAAGUGUGAAGGUGGCAGUGCCCAUUAAUACAGUUCUGGUCAUCGCUCUCAUUGUGACAUGGUGUGUUCGAAGAAAACGCAGCAGGAAUGGUGGACCGCCAUCAACCAAGGACAGAAGAGAUGACAUAUCUCCCAUGGAUGGUGCUGACCAUCCAACAUCCAGGCCCAUGACGCAUCCAGACUUACCAAGGCAGGAAGACGAGGGAACACGGCUCUACGAAGAAAUCAAUGAAUGUGUACCGCCAGCGCUGCCCAGUCGAACAACGCUACUGACCAAAAAGAGUGGCCCAGGGAGACACAGCAAGAAGAGGUCACAUAGGAAGACUAGAACAAGGAGGACAAAAGCCACAGACAGUGUGCCCAAUGGCAGCCAUGCCUACAGCCAAGUCCCUCUGGAGGCCUCCCCUGACAGAAAUGACGAGGCCAGCAAUUCUGCAGAAAACAUUCUUGGGACUGAAAGGCUAGACCAAGGCAAGCCUCUUGAAGAGAAGGGCAAUGUCCAUCAGACUGGACGCAAGAAGCUUGAGCCUGGAUACCAUAUCGUCCUUCCAAGCUCCUCCGAUAGUGACGAUCAAGAUGAUGAUUCAUCAGUGGACAGCAUGAUCAAGGUGCCAGGCCAAGACUAUUCUAACAAGAAAGAUGAUGUCCACCCCAACAAACAAACAAAGUCUGGCCCAAACUACUUCACUGUCAAUCCUAGCACCUCAGACCGAGAUGAUGAUUCUGGAGUUGACGAGGACAAGGUGACGACUCCCGACAGUGAUGAUUCAGCCCCGGGACCAUUCAACGAGAGCAACAUUUACGUCGCAGAUACCUCAGCAUGGCAGAUGCAAGAACUGUACCUCAUCCCACAUGCCAACAACACAGAGGUGACAAAUCAAGGUGAGCUACCAGACGACAAUGAAACAUCCACAGACCAGCAUGAAAUAGAAGCAUCAAGUGAAAUUCAAACAGCAAACAAGCAACGUGAGAUCAUACACCCUGGCGAUACCUUGAACGGAACACAAACCCGGAUGCAAUCCGUCGCACAAGGCGAACAAACAUAUGACACUUUAGAACACCAGACCACAGUGAUUAGAAAUCAGAUCAUUCAAAGACCCACGAUACCACAUGCAUCAAUAGACCCAGGAGAGGCCCAUUAUGAUAAGACCAACAUCAAAAAGACAGACCAAAGUGAGAGCUCAUCAAGAAGAGUACGCAAUUCAUCAGACAAUAAAAUCAGCAAGACAAACGGUGGCAUGCAGGGCCCCACAGCACGCAAUCCCAAAACAUCUCCUACAGCACAGCAUCCCACUGUUAAAAUCAAAGACUCCCGGCCAACUUCAAACAGCAGUCAAGAUGCUCUCAAAACCAAAAUGACAGUCACACCGGCCCAGCAACAGGACAAAACCCGAGACUACAGCAGUUUGCCUGAAACAAGGCCCACUGUUGAGUCAUCUGGCUUACUGCAUAUGCCAAAGGAGCACACUUACGACAGCUUCAACCGCGGCAACUCAAUGCGCAGGAACCAACUCGAGGGAUACGAGCAGGUAUCAGAGUCCAAGCCCAUGCCGGCCGCGAAACCUUACAUCAUUGUCAACCUUGACAAACCUGCAAUGAGAAACCAGAACGAACGCAAGUCGAGAACACCGGAUUUAAUUCCAGACCACCCUUACGAAGUCCCGCAGGCCAGACACCCCAACCCUACGGCAUCAGAUGAGCAAAACAGUGAUUCCUGUGCUGCGGCAAAUGAUGAAGCCAGUAACAGGCAUUCCUGGUCAGGUGAUGAUGCGAGACGAACACACCCAGACAACACAGCACAGAACAGCCCUCGCAUUCCAACAUCCAAAAGUGGGAACUCAAGAGUGGAGCAGCCUUAUGAUGUGCCACGCCCAUGUCAACAAGUAUCCUCUAGGCCCCCUGCAAAGCAACAGGUACCGGCUGUGGACCCCUCUGACACCAUGCGGCAAGAGACACAAUUAGACGGUACCAACGAGUGAUGGCUACCAAGUCAAGUUUUGUUCUUGAACAAGGCAACAAGGUACAGCAUUUCCAAACAUGGUACAACUCCAACUACAGCAGUGCCAAGGUUUAUCCCACUUUUCCAGACGAGAGUGACGAUGGCACGUUCUGCGACAUCAACAGCAGCAAGGGGUUCAGGAACAGUAGUUAUAGGUGACAACAGAUGGCAGGGAACUAAGACGGUGAACAGAGAGAAAGCUUCAUGAAUGUGGGAGAAAAUAGCUUUGACAAAAACACCACGAAAAUUCACACAUGGUUCACAACUGCAUCACUUACACGUUUUUGUCUUGUAAAGUGGGAACCCCCUUGAAAGUGAAAAUAAUUGCAAGUUUGUGGGUUAUGCUUAACACAAACACAUUUCUUUGGUUUUCAAUGGAACGAUUGUUCACAAGGAAACUACGAUACAAGUAUGCAGACUGUGCAAUCAUAAUUUAAUUUCAGAUGACACAGUAUGCUCUACAUGCAUUGGGUGCGUAUCGUAAGUCUGGCGCCUCAUAGUUCCGGUUGCCAGUGGUGUUACCAAUCUGUGUGCUGACAAGGAGCAGCAUGCACUGGCCACAGACUGAUGUGGACAGCAGUGGCAGAAUUAAAGGGGAGGCAUGCCCCUCCCCCCCUCCGGGUGCCCUCCCACUCGGAAAUAAAAGAAAGAAAAAAAUCUAGUGAUUUCAUUGCGACAUAACCAAACCACUGUCCCUUCCAGAAAAUGAUACCCCGCAAGCCACCCCCCCCCUUUAAAUGCACCCCCAUUACGCCACUGAUGGACAAGUAUGUAAGUGUACAAAUAACGAUCACUGGGAACCACACUGACCCUGCAAAAUUGCCAGAUAAUGGAAUAUAUAUAUUUAACCCUCCCCAAAAAAACAAUAAAAUGAAAUAUCACUUUUGCUUAUAAUGGAUGCCAAUAGUGGACAACAACUGUAUGUGUAUAAGUUACUGUGCAUGUAUAAAACGAAUAAAAAUCUGCUUGUAAAUCUGUUUAAAGCAAACUGGAUUAUGAAUUUAUCGGAACGUAAUGCCAAGUUUUAGUCACCUGAAAAAUCACCAAAGAUUUAUCAAAGGAAUGACUAAAUAUGCUGUACAUCAAAAUUAAGUUGGCUUUGCAUUAGGGCUGUCUGUUAUAUAAGGGUUUUGCUCUUGCACCAACAAAUAUUUUCACACAUUGUUCUCAGUGCGAUCUGAGAGUUAGAAAGAAAUUGCACACUUGCUGGGGUGGGAUUGGAACUCAUGACCUCCUGCUAACCUGUGCAGAUUUCUUAACCACUCAAUAACCAAGUUUGCCUGAAGCUGGUGGCUGGCUUAAAUCCAAUGCAGCAGUGGGUACAUACAGUAGGCAACAGUGCUUAGAACGCAGUGUGAAUAUACAUCGGUGUCAGGGCAAAAUCUAGCACAACAUGUGCUGUAAAUAUUGCCU